GUCACAUUGUCCAUUUGUCAAGUGCGUGUGAUAGUUUUUGUGUAAUCAGCUUCCAUUCCCAAAAUUUCACAAUCAUUCAUGUAAUUCAUACUUAAAAACAAGUAAUACGCGGGACAAUGCCUAGAUAUGUAACAGCUGGUCCUGGUCCAGCAGCAUACAAGCUACCGAGCUUGAUUGGACGCCAGAAUCAUGACUGCAGUAAGUUCUGCAGUCCCGCCUACUCAAUGGGACUGAAGACCUCGUCAACACUUAGCAGUGUUGGUCCCGGUCCUAAAUACAAUUUAACCGAUCUAACAACAUACGGUAAAGCAACACCACCUAUGUUCUCUAUGAAAUCCAGACAUCCUGAGCUAUUUAAGCAUAGAACACCUGGGCCUGGCGCAUACAAACCAGAACUGGUUAAGCCCAUGAAUUCCAAAAGAGCGCCGUGUUACUCCAUGUUCUCCAGAUAUCCACCCAUUAGAGCCGAUCCAACGCCUGCUCCAAACAAUUAUGAACUACCAACGACUGUUGGUCCCAAAGUCCCCGACAAACACGCAACCGCAGCCUACAGCAUGUCGUUCAGACACACAAUCCAAGUCGAUCAACAAUCUCCCGGUCCGGCAGCUUAUGCAUCGUGCUCGUCCAAUUUGCACAGACAAAAGUGGCCGUCCUAUUCGAUGGCCACAAGGGCAUAUCCUCCACUCGGACAAGCCAGUGGCCCAGGACCGAUCUACAAACCGAAAUUCCCAGAGAAAUCUGGAUAUUCGUUUGGUUUGCGCACAGAUACCGACCCAUAUGUCACUGCUGAAGAUUUUAUGCCAUGCAUGUUUGAACCAGAUGAUUAAAUGCACAAGUUUCGGAAUAGAUUUGAUUAAAAAUUAUUGUGGAAGAUUUUAACUAAUUUAUUGGCGAAAAGAUAAACUGGGCAAAUUCACAAUGUAUAUAUCGACUCAUUAUACACAUAUUAUAUAACA